CGGCCCAGGCCCCGGCUCCGUCCGCGGGGAGAGGCGCGGCCCGGGGAGGCGGCUGCGAGCCGCUCGGGAGGCGAGGCAGCGGGAGCGCGGCUGUGGGGCGCUGCCGCCGGCCGGGGCGGCCGCGGGCGCCGGGGACCGGCUGUGCCUCUGGGUCCGGUCGUGCCUCCGGGAGCGCCGGCGUCGCUGCCCGCGGUCGGCUUUGGAAGGCACUCGCGCUGGGGGAUGAGCCGGCUUCGGUUACCAACGCAGCUGCGAUGAACGAAGCUUCGGCUUCGGUAACGUCGAAGGAAGGAACGUUCCUCCCUUAGGCAGGCUCGCAGAUGGGUCAGGGACUCUGGAGAGUUGCUAGGAACCAGCAACUGCAACAGCAAGGAUACAGCGGACAAGGCUAUCUUACCAGAGAACAUGGUAGGAGGAUAGCUACUAACAACAUUUCCAACACAACCCAUCGCAAACAAGCCCAAGGAGGCAUUGACAUCUACCACCUGUUGAAGACAAGAAAAUCUAAAGAACAAGAAGGAUUCAUUAACCUGGAAAUGCUGCCACCAGAGCUUAGUUUUACCAUUUUGUCAUACCUGAAUGCAACUGAUCUCUGUCUAGCUUCAUGUGUCUGGCAGGAUCUUGCUAAUGAUGAGCUUCUCUGGCAAGGGUUGUGCAAAUCCACUUGGGGUCACUGUUCUAUAUACAAUAAGAAUCCACCUCUAGGAUUUUCUUUCAGAAAAUUGUAUAUGCAGCUAGACGAGGGCAGUCUCACCUUUAACGCCAACCCUGAUGAGGGAGUCAACUACUUUAUGUCCAAGGGCAUAUUAGACGAUUCACCGAAGGAAAUAGCUAAGUUUAUCUUUUGCACAAGAACACUAAAUUGGAAGAAGCUGAGAAUCUACCUUGAUGAAAGGCGAGAUGUUUUGGACGACCUUGUGACGCUGCACAACUUCAGAAAUCAGUUCUUGCCAAAUGCACUGAGAGAGUUCUUCAGACACAUUCAUGCUCCUGAGGAGCGUGGGGAGUACCUUGAGACUCUCAUAACAAAGUUCUCUCACAGAUUCUGUGCUUGUAACCCCGAUUUGAUGAGAGAGCUUGGCCUUAGCCCUGAUGCAGUUUACGUACUGUGUUACUCUUUGAUUCUACUUUCCAUUGAUCUAACAAGCCCUCACGUGAAGAACAAAAUGUCAAAAAGGGAAUUCAUCCGAAAUACGCGACGAGCUGCACAGAAUAUUAGCGAAGAUUUUGUAGGGCACCUUUAUGACAACAUCUACCUUAUUGGCCAUGUGGCUGCCUAAAAGCACAAUUUGCUAGCACUUAAAAUUUGUAAUUUUCAAAAACUACAUCCAUUCAAGAAAUUAAUUAUUUUGUAGAGAUGGGGGUUAUUUUAGUGCUGGUCAUUCUAACCUCUGUAUGCAAUCAAAGUUUGUGUGUGUAAGUGUGCGUAUGUGUAAACUACCUUUUCUAUCUGUUUACUGUGGGAACGGAAGGAUUUGGAGAUUAGGUUUUCAUAAUUUUUUUAGUUUUGCACAAAACAAUGCCAUUAGUCUGACACAGCCUUUUACGAAUGUUAAACUGACAUUACAAUCUAAGCUGACAAAGUGGUGAAUUUGUGCAUUAAAUCUGCUUGAAACUUUAAUAAGUUCAUUCUUUUUAGAAUACCAUGUAAUGUGUAUAUAUUUAAAGAGAUUUAUAAUCAUAAUUAUUUUAUUGUAAAAUAUUUUAACUAAAAUGUCUUCUUUUAUCUCUUAAAAAUAGCGUUGUACUUCUUUCUUUAGCAUUUUUUUACAAUGCUGACUACCUCAGAUACAUAACUUAGAGAAACUAUUGUCUGAAUACUACAAUAAAGUUUAUUCUAGGAGAUGACAGAACACUUGUGAAAUAUCUAAGCUGAUAUUUAAUACUAUAUUGACUAACUUGAAUUAGUAUAUUGCCAAUCUGCUGUUCACUCAAUUCUGAGGAAGAUUACAACCUCUGUUUUAGAUGAACCCCGAUGUCAUACAGGGAUAGCCUAGGGCAACCGUGCAGUUUACAUUGAGAGAGCUAACCUAUGUUGCAGACACUGGUUACUGGGGACACAAGGCAACUGCAGUCAUCCCUUCAGCACAGUAGGCAAGGAGAAGUCUCAGCAGGGAAAGUGGUAGGGGCAGCUAACGUGUUGCUGCUUUCAGCUGCUUCCCUCGGUCUAGAAGUGUCAAUGAUGGAAAUGCCUAGGCAAAUAUGUACCAGAUGACUCAUUGCUAAAGCUGUUAAAAAGUGACUGUGCAAGAUUAGAGCAGUGACUAAGCAGGACUGGAGAGCUGUUUCAGACUCAGGCACUGAAUUGCUUUCUCUAAAUCUGUCAUGUAGCUAGAUUUUAAAUAGUUCUAGAUUUAUGAAAAUACUUAAAGAAUGGUUUCGGUCAGGUUGUCUCUUGUAUUUUCUGAAGUGUGUAGAAUAUUAGCAGUGCAACUGCUGUGCAUGUGCAGGAAUUGAAUGAGGAUUUGCCUUGUUUUUGUUCAGAUAACUCGUAGAGCAGUGCUUUUAUUAAAUUGUCAUAACAUGUAGUUGAAAUCAGAGCUAUUCCUCAUUAUAUUUGUUUACAUACUAUUCAGCCAUCGCUAGCAUCUGGAUUCAUUGUGGUAACAAGCAGACUUACCUUUUUUCCCUACCACACCGUGAGGUGAGGUAGGAAGAUAGUUGUUUUUCAGAUUAAUCUGAUUUUUUAUGUAGGAUGCUUAUGGCAGAACCAGGAAUUGAAUGCAGGUCGUAGUCCUCGCAGGCACGCACUUUACCCACACUGCUGCUUUCCGUUUGGCACCUAGGGGGUGUUAUAUUUGUCUUAAAUAUGAGAAGUGAUGACAAUGACAGUCCAUGUAUGGGCUACAUAAAUGAGAGGGAGAAAAAAAAUGUAGCUACUGCUGCUAUUUCAAGUGUUUAGAAGAUUUUGAUUAUAGCUCUGGUCCACAUGCAAAAAUGCACCCAGAAAAAGUUGUAAUUUUUUAAUUAUGUUACCUUUAAUCAAGUGUAGAUGUCAUUUGUGUUUGGGUAGCAUACACAGCCAAAGCCAGGAGCCAGUAGUUUUGCAGCUAUGUGCUGGGCAGGUUUUACAAUACCACUCCCCUCUCUCAGGAUAACUUCUUAUCACUUCACCCUGUGUCAUUUCAUAUAUUUCAGAAAGCCCAAGGCAGUGGUCAGUUAAUCUGAAACACGAAACACAAAUAAAGAGUAUAUGGUAUGUUGGGGAACUUUGUUUAAGGCACAGGUACCUGGUCCUGUUAAAAAAAAAAAAAAAAAAAAAAGGAAAACUUUUAGCAGAAUCUGUAAAACCAACAAAAAAGGAUAAGUGUCUCUGUGCUCCUUAAAGUGAUCUUACAUCCAGACUGCAGAAUAUGGCUUUCUAGGAAAUACUCCUCAGAAGUUUUACACUUAAAAAGAAGAAUUUAGUGAACUUUGAAAUUACAGCUAAUCUUAUCGGGAAAUGUUUUCUUCUCAAAACACAAAUGCAGAGCGAGGCCUAAUUCUCUUCUGACUGGUAGUUAUAUAUUGGCAUUAGUGAUACUAGAUUUGAUUUUGCACUGAUACGAGAGUACGAAUUGUUAAUCUGCAUUUCUCUUAAUUUCCAGUUACCCUCGGUUCCCAUCCUCAGACAGAUACAGAACAAAGUCUCCAAGCAGACAGAAUGUGUUUUUCUGGAGUAGAUGAGUACAUCUAUUAACAAGGUUUAGAAAGCUUCAAGGCCAGUGUAACAGCCAAGAAGAUAAAGUAGAAACAGAAUGAUAUGGUUAUAGCUCCCAUAAGACACAAGUCUAGGGGAGAAGAAAAAAAGCCAAACCAAAACCCUAACCAUGUACGGAUGACAGCAUCUGACCCUCACAACAGGAUUUUGAACUGUGUUAGAUGGUUAGUGCCCGACUCGAGCUGUACAUCAUGUUACUAACUCAGAGUGGAACAGAAAACGGCAAACCCAAUAUGCCAAGCGUGAAUUCCCCUAGAGGUAACCAAGAAACAGAAAAUGACAAUAGACAUUUCUUCUGUCCUUCUUUUGAAGUUUGAGUCUUUCUCCAGAGUGGCAGAGGAAUAAUUUUUUUCAUUUUAAGAAUCUAGACUUUUCAUGAAGUUAGGCAAUUUUCUGCCUUAAAAGGAAAAAAUAUCUUACGCAGGUGUAACUACUCUUACAAAGUGAGAAGGAUCAAGUUUGAAUUCUCUUAGUCAUCCUCCAAAAGCCCUCUAAAAACUAAGUUUUGGGCAGUGUCUUCUUCAGUGCACUAUUGGUGUCUCCACGUACAUUUUAAAAGAAAAUGGUGAUAGAUACUCCAUUGAUCCAGGUGUCAAUGAAUGAUGUGAUGUGGAAACAAGCUCCUUGAUCAAGCGCUUCAGGAGAGUAUCCCAAGGCUUAAUUACAGGAGCAUGAUCAUAUUCAUAACUGCGAAGUGAUUCCCAAGCUAUUGUGAUUCCACCAUUUCGUGCCCUUUGAGCUUUGGCUACGUGAUAUUGCCUUCGUGCUAACUGUACGCAGCACUGAAGGAAGAAAUGAGCCUGCAGCCCAUCCCCCUGCGAACGCUAGUCGUUCUGGUCCUAAAAGACGCUGAAGUUGUGUUCUGAACGGCCAUUUCUGAAAUUUUGCUAAUUUUAGUAUACACAGAUGUGACAGAAGGACAACUGGUCUUUGUUCAGGCAGGGGAAAUGAGUGUACCUGUGUCCUUGUAAAGUGUCACAUAAUACCGCUCAUUUUUGCCUGUAUUAAAUUCUGAGGCCCUCAUUGCAUUUAUUCAAGGAAUACGGCGUAUAUUACAUAUUUGCGUGGUUUAGUUAUAGACAGUGUCUGAUAUUCUACAUUUUCUCAAAACUUUCUGCCUUGACUACUAUCCAUUCAUACUCUAAACAUACAGCUUUGGCUUUUUAAAAUUAAUCAAAGCUGCUUCAACGUACAAAAGCGCAAACAAGUCUAAGUUAGAGACACGUUUGUCAACUUUGAAGUGGGCAAGACAUGCGCAUUCAGGAAAAAAACAUUCAGUGUGUUCCCUUCAGCCUUUCCCUCCCACCCCCCACUCUGGAAAAAGAAAAAUUAUAAACAGUUUCAAAAUACAGAUUUAGGAAAAUAAACUGACUAGCCAGGCAAAUAAAUGUUACUGUUCCCUCUUCAGUAUGCUGCAGUUUGUUAAUGUUCUUUACACCACUUCAUCAACAGGAAUUGCUCCUUUUUGAAGUGGUAAUAGUUUUGUUCUCUGUGUAAGGUUGUCAUUGUGCAAUCUGGUAUUUUUUCUAGUUCUGUUUUUAGAAAACAAGUAUUAAGUACUUAAGCAAAAUUGAGGUAUACCUACUUGGUCAUGUUAGAAUGUCAAAAUAACAAUAUUAAAUAUUUAGAAAAGUCAGAUUUACUUGCCUUAUAUGGGAUUGGGAUUUUUUUUCUUUUCACAUAUUUCAUGUAAGUAUCAAAACUAAUAAACAUUAAGGCUGA